ACUUCACCACCAUGCUGCUGCACAGGCUCUCCCUCUCUGCCAGGAUCCCUCUGGAUUCCCUGAGACGCGUCCGGCGCCUGAUCUCCACGCCACCGACACCAGCUUCCCAGGGCAGGGUCCAUGGCAGCUCCUUCGCCCACCGCGGUGAACUCCGUCAUGCUAAGAGGAUCGUGGUCAAGCUCGGCAGCGCUGUGGUCACCCGCGGUGACGAGUGCGGGCUGGCUCUCGGGAGGCUGGCCUCCAUUGUGGAGCAGGUGGCCAUGCUGCAGAACCAGGGCAGGGAGAUGAUGAUUGUCACCAGUGGAGCAGUGGCCUUUGGAAAGCAGAGAUUAAGACAUGAGAUCCUGCUGUCGCAGAGCGUCCGGCAGGCGCUGCACUCUGGACAAAAUCAGCUCAAAGACAUGUCUCUUCCCGUGCUGGAGGCCCGGGCCUGUGCUGCAGCGGGACAGAGCGGCCUGAUGGCCCUUUACGAGGCCAUGUUCACCCAAUACAGCACCUGCACCGCACAGAUUCUCGUGACAAAUCUGGAUUUCCACGAUGACCAGAAGAGGCAGAACCUGAACAGCACCCUGCAGGAGCUGCUGCACAUGAACAUCGUGCCGAUCAUCAACACCAACGAUGCUGUGGUGCCUCCGCCGGAGCCCAACAGUGACCUGCAGGGGGUAAAUGUGAUCAGCAUUAAGGACAACGACAGUCUGGCGGCGAGGCUAGCUGUAGAGAUGAAGGCCGACCUGCUCAUCGCGCUCUCUGAUGUGGAAGGACUCUACGACAGCCCCCCUGGAACUGAUGACGCCAAGCUCAUUGACAUCUUUUACCCCGGAGACCAGCAGUCCAUCACUUAUGGUACAAAGUCCAGAGUUGGGAUUGGAGGCAUGGAGGCCAAGGUCAAGGCUGCGCUGUGGGCUCUGCAAGGCGGCACGUCAGUGGUCAUUGCAAAUGGAACCCACCCUAAGGUAACGGGCCAUGUCAUCACUGACAUUGUGGAGGGCAAAAAGCUGGGAACCUUCUUCUCCGAGAUCAAACCGGCGGGACCGACUGUGGAGCAGCAGACAGAAAUGGCUCGCAACUCUGGAAGAACCCUGGCAUCUCUUCUCCCAGACCAGAGGAGUGAGAUCAUCUGUCAUCUGGCAGAGCUGCUGACUGAAAAGAAGGACGAGAUUCUGGCUGCCAACAAGAUGGACAUGGACCUGGCCGUUAACGCAGGCCAUUUGCCACCAGCGAUGCAGAAGCGUCUGAGUCUGUCACCAGCCAAACUCAACAGCUUGGCGGUCGGCCUGCGUCAGAUAGCAGUGGCCGCCCAGGACAGCGUGGGUCAGGUGCUGCGCAGAACCAGGGUGGCUAACAACCUGGAGCUGGAGCAGAUCACGGUGCCCAUCGGAGUUCUUCUGGUCAUCUUUGAGGCCAGACCGGACUGCCUGCCCCAGGUGUCAGCUUUGGCCAUAGCCAGUGGUAACGCUCUUCUUCUGAAGGGAGGCAAGGAGGCGGCCAACACAAACCGUGUUCUCCACGAGCUCACCCAGGAAGCCCUUUCCUUGCACGGCGUCAAAGAAGCCGUGCAACUGGUGAGCACUCGUGAGGAGGUGGAGGAUCUCUGCCGACUGGACAAAAUAAUCGACCUGAUCAUUCCUCGAGGAUCGUCCCAGCUCGUGAAGGACAUACAGCGAGCGGCCAAGGGGAUCCCAGUGCUGGGUCACAGCGAGGGGGUCUGCCACGUCUACGUCGACGCAGAAGCCUCCAUUGACAAAGUUAUCAAGCUCGUCAGAGACUCCAAGUGCGACUACCCGGCUGCGUGCAAUGCCAUGGAAACUCUGCUGAUUCACAGAGACAUCCUGAGGACCCCACUCUUUGACCAGAUCAUUGACAUGCUGCGCACUGAAAGGGUGAAGAUUCAUGCAGGCCCUCGGUUUGCCUCCUACCUCACGUUCAGCCCAUCAGAGGCCAAGUCGUUGCGGACAGAGUACGGGGACCUGGAGUGUUGUAUGGAGGUGGUGGACAGCAUGCAAGACGCUGUGGAUCACAUCCACAAGUAUGGCAGCUCCCACACAGACGUCAUCAUCACAGAAAAUGAGGAAACAGCAGAGAAGUUCCUGCAUCAGCUCGACAGCGCCUGUGUUUUCUGGAACGCCAGCUCACGCUUCGCUGAUGGUUACCGCUUUGGACUGGGAGCAGAGGUUGGUAUAAGCACAGCGCGUAUUCAUGCCCGAGGACCUGUGGGCCUGGAGGGGCUGCUCACCACAAAGUGGGUCCUGAGAGGUGAUGGGCACACAGCGGCGGAUUUCUCUGAGCACGGCACCAUGAAAUACCUCCAUGAAAACCUGCCUGUUGGGCAGCCUCUGGCUGGACAGAGAGACAGCAACUAGACCACAGUUGUUUUUGGCUGAUGCCACAGUUUUAAACCCCUGCAGCUCACGGCACAGGAGAGAGAUGCUCAACAAACCAGCGGUUCGUUUUAUCAGCACAAGCAGAAAGUUGUCCUAUUUCAGAUUAUACUGUUGUUGUUCAAUGACUGACCUCUACCUCAGCAUAUUGUACUUUAUGAGAUGGGAAACUUGCCCUCAACACAGCACAGUAUUGCAAUAAUGGAGAAAUUGUGACCAGGAAGGGAAAUAACCAAGAUCCCUUUCUUACAAAGUAAACACACAAUAUAAAAGAAAACUGAAGGUCUUUUUUAAAUAUAUUUUUUUAAAUAAUGCAACCUCAGGACAUUUCAGCGAGGACAUUGAAUCAGUCUCUCUAAAGAGAUCCUGCUACAUUGGCCUUUAGAAGACCCUUAUUUAGCAUUUUUUUUUGUCAUUACUAAAAAAAAGCCAAAAUAUUUCUGCUUCAGUGUGUAACUUUAGGACGGCAUGCUGGCGUUGCGGAAUCUCAUGUAAUUCAGUAGCUGUGGCGUCUGUCCUUCUACGCGUCCUUCUACGCUCUCCCUAUUACACAGACUUAAAUCCAGGUUUGUGGCUCCACUAUCAACAAUAAUCAUCUCGAAUCGUCUUCAGAAACAUUUCAUUUCAUCCAUAACAUGUUCAUGAGUAAGGAGAGAUGCUUUAACAUCGCUACAAAGUUUUCAGCGAUAGUUGCUGAUUCUCUCCAGCCAUUAAAAACACAGUAUUAUGAAGAAUGACGUGUAUCUUUAUCAAACAUUAAUUUCAUCAAAAUCAAGUUCUAAAUAUGAUUGUACAUAUUAUUUUUGAUUGUAGCUGAUCGCAUUGGCUCAUUACAUAGAGGGUUAAU